GCUCGUACAAUCAAAAGCCAGUUGGGUACUCACCAAUACACUUGAAAUUAAAAAAGAGACUCAUUUUUGCGGGACUUAUUCUAGUACAUAUUAUAGCCGAUAUCAAGACUUUUUAUAAUGUAUAUUCAGAGUACUCCAGCCAGAAGCCGUUACUGAGAUAUCAGUGUUUUUCAAACAAUCUCCUUAUUCAGACCAGAAUGAACUGAUCUUGAUUUCUUACCACGAAUCAGUGACCAUGAAUCUUGAAAAAUUUUUCAGAUCAGGUCAUUCUAAUCUGAAUCUUAUUAUUGAUUGUACAGGGUCAGAAUCUGAUAAGAUUGACCUGAAAUCAAGAUUCUGUCAGAAAUGAUCUCAAGAUUGUCGACUUGUGUUAACUUCUCCCUUAACUUUUAGCCAAUAGAAUUCCUUAAAGCUCCUUUAACUUUUGUAGUGUAGACAAGGCCUUAGGAUCAAAUAAUGUUAUAUUAGAUUGGUUAAAGUAAUCUAGGCAUAAAAUCUAGACAAUGAAUAAACGUAACCUUCAAUUAACAUGGAUAGUAACAAGUCACGUCUAGCUUUCACGUUUACUGUAACGCGAUAUGUCAGAUUAUCUUGACUGAAAAAACGCGCGUAAUUUUGGUUUUGAAUGAAUGAAACAAACAUUAUCUUCACUUUCUUUGUUAUUUAUCCUAUUUUACAACAUGGAAAAGAAAAAAAACUAAUAUUUUUCCACGUCGGAAGGUGACACCAAAAAUUCUGACGAAAAGUCGUGCUAGAAAUGGUUAUCACGUCGUACAUAUAACACAAUGAACAUAAACAUCUAACGUAUUUCGUAUCUAAUUAUAUUCGUGUAAUCAUAGUGUCAUACAUUUUAGAAUAGAUUAAAAUGCCAGUUGGAGACAAAUCAAAGUAUAGUGAUAAACAAAAACGUCAAGCAAAACAUAUUCUUGAUUCAGAGAUGUCAUCUGGAAAAGAUGAAAAGACGGCCAGUCGUAUAGCUUACGCAACGGUCAAUAAAAUACAUGGUGGCGGGAAUAUUUCCGGUAGCGGUCGAGAUCAAGAGGAGAACAAAGAACCAAUGCAACGAGGUGGACGAAAAGGUGGUUCACAAUCAAGAAAACGUGGUUCUUCAUCGACAUCAGCAACUCGUUCGAAAAAAUCAUCAUCUAAAAGUCAAAUAGUAACGAAAUCAGAUGAAGCUGAUAAUACAAAAGAAGAACCAUCGGUUUCAACGAAACGAGGACGUGGUAGACCGAAGAAAACUACAAAAGGUGGUAAUGUGUCGGCUAAAAAACCGUCAAAAGGAAAAAAGAGUACAAAACGUCUUAAUCGUACUGCUAGUAAAAAGAGAACGAUAAAAUGA